CUCCAUCCAAUCAGGAUUUCAUCCAGCUUCUUAUUCCCGCGAAAUCGCUUCAAAAAUUCCCGCCCUUCCCAGUCUCUAACUUUCUCUACCAUCAAAAUUCCAAACUUUUUCGGCGCUCCUCGUCCAUUUUUCUGCAAACUUUAGACUAGACAAAAACCAGCCAAGAUGGGUGCCAUGGAAGAUCAAUUGCAGCGCCUCGGUAGCGUCCUCGACUCUCUCGAUGCUCGCGUAAAGAAGCUUGAGCAACAUCCUACCCUUGGCGGCGGCUCCAGCACGGCGCAAGAGAUUCGCGUGAUCCUUAUAGGUCCUCCCGGUGCUGGCAAGGGUACCCAGGCCCCCAAGAUCAAAGAAAAGUUUAGCUGCUGUCAUCUGGCCACCGGUGACAUGCUCCGCUCCCAAGUCGCCAAGAAGACUCCCCUCGGCCGCGAAGCCAAGAAGAUCAUGGACCAAGGUGGUCUUGUCAGCGAUGAUAUCGUCAUUGGCAUGAUCAAGGAAGAGCUAGACACCAACGUUGAGUGCAAGGGAGGAUUCAUCCUCGAUGGCUUCCCCAGGACUGUGCCGCAAGCCCAGUCUCUCGACGCCAUGCUGCAGCAGCGCAACCAGAAGCUCCAGCACGCUGUUGAGCUCCAGAUCGACGACGCCCUGCUUGUGGCCCGCAUUACUGGUCGCCUGGUGCACCCUGCCUCGGGCCGCUCUUACCACACCACCUUCAACCCUCCCAAGAAGCCCAUGACUGAUGACGUGACCGGCGAGCCGCUGAUCCAGCGCUCCGACGACAACGCCGACGCGCUCAAGAAGCGCCUCGCAACCUACCACUCUCAGACGGCCCCCGUCGUCGACUACUACCGCAAGACGGGCAUCUGGAAGCCCAUCGACGCCUCCCAAGAGCCCGGCGCCGUCUGGAAGAGCCUGCUCAACAUCUUUGAUGGCGACUCCAAGAAGGCAAGCUCCGCAGGUGGCGGCAUCCUUGACAAACUUGCCGCCUCGGGCCGUUAAGGGGACCGUACCGGAUGGGAUAGGAGUGAAUGGUCAGCAGUGGUGUGCAGCAACAGCAGCAUAAUGUGUAAUGCCUUUGGGUGCUACUUGGGGCUGUGGCAGACUGUUUAAAGCAAAUUAGGUUAUUGCUACGUUGACUUUCGGGUUGUUCUGGAUAAGAGAAGUGUAAUUGAGGCUGUCGGGAAAGAGGGGAUAUGUCAGGGGCGGCGCAAAGAGUGCAGCCAUUUGUCCACUGGUAAAACGGGGGACUUUUAAAUACUGUAACAAUCAUCUCUGCUUGGGUGGUCUUUUCUUUCUUUUCUUUCAGUUUCCCCAACCUUAUUGUCAUACACCAUUCAUACCUUGUUGUUGGGUUGUAUCCAUAUUUGUUUUCGUUUUAUCAUGUUUGUCUUUUUUUUUUCUCAUAGUUGGGCAUUGGGCACGACGUCAACGAGGUGUACAUGCGCUUUUUGCCUGUUUGUUUUCUUCUUCUCCGCUACAGUGAAUCUUGGGAAAUGGGGGUGGCGCCAAUUUGAACGACAAAAGCAAAACGCAAUGCAUAGAAGGAAAGGGGAAAGUAAGGGGAGGCAGUCAAUGAUGGCAAUGUGAUUCACAUGUUCUCGGGGGGGUUUUUUUUAUACUUGGUCUUCUCCUUUACGUCUAUCUCCAAAAGCGUCUUGUCGCUUUUUUGAGGGUCAAGGAGAAAUUUUGAAAAAGAAAAAAAAAACCCCAAGUAAUAAUUCCUACAUUCCCAAAAUCUUGAAAUCUUGCUGUACAGCGGGAAGUUUACG